GGCCACUUCAGCAUCUCCAAACAAACGCUCUCUUUCCAGCUCUGUUUAGCUUUUUCUUUCUCUUUCUCCGUCUCUGCUCCUCUGCUUCUUCCAUUGAAACUCUCACUCUCUAAGUGUCAAAGAAACCCUCAUAGAACAUUUCCCAAAAUGUUCACUGAAGGUCUGGACGAGAACGCUAUCAAGUGGAUUAAGGGAUCGGAUGCCGAAGCUGAACAUCAAAAACCACAACCCCGUUCUCCUCUGGCCGAGAGAGUUUCUUCUUCUGAUUCAUACCCAAGAUCUCCUUUGGUAUUCCAUGCAAAUGGUAGUAGCUUCACGCCCUCUCAAGCUCUUCCCCCACUCAAAUUCCAUUCGACUUUGCUCACACCCCGAGGCUUGGUGACUCCUCCGGUUCUUGACGAUGACGAUGACGGCGAGGAGAGCGUCUCUUCUAUUUCAGAUAGCUCCUACUCGUACGAAGAGGUUCUGGGUUCUAAUGAUUCGAAGCCAUUGACGGAGUGCUACUACAACGAUGAAGAGCUGUUUGGAGGACACAAACCAAGCACCAAUUUGAAGAGCAGCAAAUGUGGGUCUUCGUUAAAUAGAGGGUUUAUGAAUGAAAGCCUCAGGAUUGAAGUGCCUGACGGUUGCAGAAGAUAUACAGAUGGUGAAUUGGGUAUCAGGAAAAAUAAUGCCCAGAAAACUUCAACUCCGAGUGCUGCUGCUCAGCUUCAGAAACGAAUACACUUGCGAAACUCGCAUGGUACGCCGACUCAAGAAAGUAGUAUGUUUAGAGAUUUGGGGGACGUGGGAACUCCAAGUGCACCUCCAAUUAUUGAUAUUCCAAGUGACAAAAGAAGCACUGAGAUUGAAGAUCAACAGUAUAAGCAGGAGGGUUCUACUAUUUUGACAGAGAAUGAUCAGUGGACAUGCCCUUCAAAAGGUUUAGCAGAUCGGACUUCGGGUUUCGCAGAAAUGCCGGAACUUGGUGAAAAAGUAAACAAGACAGAACAUGGAGAAAUAGAGUCGCAGGUCCCCUUUUCGCAAGUGAACCAAUUAGAUCAUUCAUCAUUUUAUAACACCAGUGGUCAAUAUGCCUGGCAAACUUUGAUUGCAUAUGAUGCUUGUAUACGCUUAUGCCUCCAGGCAUGGGAAAGAGGUUGCACUGAGGCGCCUGAGUUUCUUCAUGGUGAAUGCCUGGUUCUUCGAAAUGCCUUUGGAUUACACCACUAUUUGUUGCAACCCCGAGGUUCACAACCGUUGGAAGGAAGGACCAUUAAGAAUGCCGAACAGAUAUGUCCUUUGAAGACAAAGAAAGUUGUUGGAAAAAUACGAGUAGAAGUGAAGAAACUUAGAAUAAUACCAAGACGGAAACUUAAGAGCACAUAUUCCCAGUUAAGUGCAAUCUACAUGCAGGUAGGGGCAGAGUAUUUGCGACAUGUAGUGAAAACCGGCUUAAAUUCUUUAAAAGGAGCCUCAAUAUCUGUUACAUCAGAAGAGCCACGGUUAUGCUUAUUCCAACUGAAAAGUGCCAUAGAAGAUAAUGAACUGGAACCAGGUUCUGCUGUUUGCUUGCGCCCUGGCAGUGGUGAUUACCAUGUCUUUUUCCCUGAGAGCCAAGGGGACGCACUUUUGGUGGAAGUCCAAGACACAAAAAAAUCAGUUCAAGGUCGAGCUACAAUCCCAAUUUCAUCCUUGACUGAUAACCCAACUGACAGAAUUCGGUGGUGGCCCAUAUAUCAUGAUGAUCACGAAUGUAUUGGGAAGAUCCAGCUCUCCAUUGGCAGUAGUAUCACAAGUGAUGAGACUAAUAACAUAAAGAGUGGACCAGUUGCUGAAACUCUAGCCUAUGAUUUAUUGUUAGAUGCUGCUAUGCGAGCACAGAAUUUUCAUUCUCGGAAUUUGUGGUUGGAUGGGCCUUGGAAGUGGUUAUUGACUGAAUUUUCAGAUUAUUAUGGAGUUUCUGAUUCAUAUACUAAGCUCAGAUAUCUUUCACAUGUCAUGCAUGUGGCCACUCCAACAAAAGACUGCUUAGAGCUUGUGAAUGAAUUACUUGUACCAAUAAUAAAGGCCAGAAGUGAGAAAUGUUUAACAAGGCAAGAGAAAAGUAUACUGUUAGAUUGUGAAACCCAAAUUGAGUCUCUUCUGGCAAAUGUUUUUGAGAACUACAAAUCAUUAGAUGAAGAGUGUCCAACGGGAAUAAGAGACCUAUUUGGUCCAAUCCAAGAAUCUGCAGCACCAGCUCUAGCUCCUGCUGUGCAAGUCUACACCCUCCUUCAUGACAUUCUUACUCUCGAAGCACAAAAUAUGCUGCGAAACUAUUUGCAGACGGCAGCAAAAAAGAGGUGUCGGAAACACAUGGUAGAGACCGAUGAGUUUGUGUCAAGUAACUCUGAAGGCUUUAUUAUGGACUCCAUUACCAUUUCAACAGCAUAUUUGAAAAUGAAGAAUCUGUGUACUAAUAUAAGCAGCGAGAUUCAGGCAGACAUCAAGAUACAUGACCAAGAUGUACUUCCCAGUUCAAUCGACCUGUCAAACAUUGCAGCUGCUGUUUACAGCAGCGAGUUGUGUAACAGGCUUCGUGGUUUCCUUGCUACUUGGCCGCCAUCAAGUCCCCAGUCACAUGUAAAUGAACUUUUAAUAGCAACGGCUGAUUUUGAAAGAAAUCUUGAAUCGUGGAAGAUCAGUGCCGUGCAGGGCGGUGUAGAUUCAAGGAACCUGUUCCACAAUUAUAUAAUGGCGUGGGUACAGGAUAUGGAACUUAACUUGCUUGAACUGUGCAAAGCAGAAAAGGUUCCAUGGACUGGAGUAUCAACGAACCAUUCCACCUCACCAUUUGCUGAGGAAAUGUAUGAGAAGAUGAGAGACAUCCUUAUUCAAUACGAAGUUGUAAUAAACCGAUGGCCUCAGUACUCAUUAGUUCUGGAAAAUGCUGUGGCAAAUGUGGAAAGAGCAAUCAUAAAGGCACUGGAGAGGCAAUACAAUGAUAUUUUAACUCCAUUGAAAGAUAGCAUCCAGAAGAGGCUUAAUAUGCAGGUUCAGAAACUGACAAGAAGGCAAUCAUUAGCAAUCUAUUCGGUUCCAAAUCAACUGGGAACUUUCUUAAACACCAUGAAAAGAAUUCUUGAUGUCCUACACUGUAGAGUUGAGGACAUCUUAAAGUCUUGGGCAUCUGUUCUGCCUGUCAUGGGAGACAAGAAGUUUGGGGAGCAGAUGAAUGGAACUACAGUUCUCUUGAGAACAAAAUACAAAAAUUACUUGCAGGCAACAGUAGGGAAGCUUGUCAGCAAUUUGCAAUCAAAUCGAAACACACAGCUCAAAAGGAUUCUAGAGGAAACAAAGGACGAAGAUGGAGAGGCUGAGAUUCGUGAAAGGAUGCAUAUGCUGAGUUCACAGCUAGUUGACUCUAUUUCCAACUUGCAUGAGGUGUUUACAAGUCAAAUAUUUAUCGCAACUUGCCGUGGAUUUUGGGAUAGGAUGGGACAGAUUGUUUUGAAAUUUCUCGAAGGGAGGAAGGAAAACCGAGUUUGGUAUAAUGGAUCUUAUUAUGCUCUUGGGAUAUUGGAUGAUACUUUUGCAUCCCAAAUGCAAAGACUGCAAGGAAAUGCUCUGCAAGAGAAAGACCUGGAGCCCCCUCGUUCAGUGAUAGAAGCUCGAUCCAUCCUUUGCAGGGACACAGCAAACGCAACAGAUGCCUCUUCGUACUUUUACGUUUAGCACUAUAGUUUCAAAUAGAGGAUUAAAAAAUCUUUUACAUGCACCUAUUAUGGAAUUGUAUAGUUUGGUUCAAAUUCUUUCUUGGUUUAGUUUCAACAACUUCCAGUUAAUAUUCUUUUUGUAAUUUACCCCCAAAAAAAAAAAAAAAAAAUUCUGAUUAAUAUUCUUUUUGUAAUAAUUGUACCUAAUAAAUGCAUAAAAUGCCAUUAGCUUGUA